AUGUCCUUGGUUCACGUUAUUGAUGUCGAGAGUGGUAAUUUGCAAUCCUUAACGAAUGCCAUUGAGUAUCUUGGCUACAAAGUUCAUUUGAUCAAAGAUGCCCAAGAUCCGGAAUUGGCCAAUGCUUCGAAGUUAAUUCUUCCCGGUGUUGGAAAUUUUGGUCACUUUGUGGAUAACUUGCAGUCUAGAGGUUUCGAAAAGCCUCUGCGUGAAUAUAUUGCGUCGAAGAGACCUCUAAUGGGUAUCUGCGUGGGCUUGCAAACUCUUUUCAACGGUUCAGAGGAAUCUCCUGAAAGCAAAGGUCUAUCACUAAUUGAUCUAAAGCUCACCAAAUUUGAUAGCUCUGAAAAGCCCGUCCCUGAAAUCGGCUGGAACAAUUGCGUCCCCAAAGAUAGCCUUUACGGUUUAGAUCCAUACAGAAGAUAUUAUUUCGUCCACUCCUACGCCGCUAUUAUUAGUCCUGAUACUAAAACACAGUUGGAAAACGAAGGCUGGAAUGUUGCUACAGCAAAAUAUGGUAGUGAAGAAUUCAUUGCAGCUAUCUGUAAGGACAACAUAUUUGCAACACAGUUCCAUCCCGAAAAGUCUGGACUUGCUGGUAUAAAAAUCAUUGAUAACUUCUUGAAACAGCAACAUCCACCUAUUGAGCACACCCAAAGAGAGAAAGAGCUAUUGGGUAACGAUUACUCGAACUAUGGUCUAUCAAGAAGAAUCAUUGCCUGCCUGGAUGUGCGUACCAAUGAUCAAGGUGAUCUGGUUGUAACAAAGGGUGACCAAUAUGAUGUUCGUGAGAAGGCUGUUGGUGGAAAUGUCAGAAAUCUCGGUAAACCAGUAGAACUCGCGAGAAAAUACUACGAGCAAGGCGCUGAUGAGGUUACAUUUUUGAAUAUUACGAGUUUUAGGAACUGCCCAGUGAAAGAUGCUCCGAUGUUAGAAGUUUUGAGACAGGCUGCGAAGACUGUUUUUGUUCCUCUUACUGUUGGAGGUGGUAUUAAAGAUGUUAUUGACGUUGAUGGAACAAAAAUUCCUGCCCUUCAAGUUGCGGGGAUGUAUUUUAGAUCAGGAGCUGACAAGGUAUCGAUAGGUUCAGACGCUGUUUACGCCGCCGAAAAAUUCUAUGAGCUUGGAGGAAAGGGUGAUGGUACUUCUCCAAUUGAAACGAUCUCUAAAGCGUACGGUGCUCAAGCUGUUGUGAUUUCAGUGGACCCGAAAAGAGUUUACGUUGAUGGACCUGACUCCACUAAGCACAAAACUUUGAAAACCAACUUCCCUAAUGAAAAGGGGCAAAGUUGGUGUUGGUAUCAGUGCACUGUUAGUGGUGGUAGAGAGUCCAGAGAUAUGGGCGUCUGGGAACUCACAAAAGCAUGUGAAGCACUUGGUGCAGGUGAAAUUCUUUUGAACUGUAUUGAUAAGGAUGGAUCUAACUCUGGCUAUGAUUUAGAGUUAAUUCAGCAUGCCAAAGAUGCUGUUAGCAUACCAGUAAUUGCAUCUAGUGGUGCAGGUGCCCCUAAGGAUUUUGAAGAGGCCUUCAUAAAAACUGGAGCUGACGCCUGUCUUGGCGCCGGUAUAUUCCACAGAGGUGAGUAUACUGUAAACGAUGUCAAACAGUAUCUUCUCGAACAUGGCCUCAAAGUCAGAAUGGACAGCAAAUAA